CGGCCCUGCGCCACUUUUGGACGACAUAACCUCAGUGAGAUCGCUCGUUGCUUCAACGGGAACCAUCUAACCCUUAACUCGUCUACGGCAUUACGCACACGCCCGGGAGAUCACCAGCUCUUGAUCAACACAACCACCACCAUCAUCACAGUUGGAUACCAUCCCCAAGGGCUGCCAGGUCCAGAGUCUCGUUGACAGUAACCUCUCAACGUCCAAACCGUAUAUAAGGGGCUGCCGCCUCUUUUCCGCCUCGUCCCGCGCCCCUCACACCAACUGGUUCUCCACACCCACCGUCGCGACGCCCUGGCUUCAGUCUGGGACCGUUGUGUCUGAAGUGGCCUUGCCAUAUCUUACAACCCAAAUGCAGCAGUCAACCUACCAGGGCCACCGGGCCCAGCCAAACUACUACUCUAUGCCAUCCGGCGCCAGCAGAAGUGCCGGGGAAGACACGGGAGUUUCUCUCGCCUCGGCGCCGUAUGGUAUGCACGGAGGCAUCUCGUCGAUGCUUUCUUCCAACGGAGGAGGCGAUAGCAGCAGCAUGGGAUCAAACCAACCAUCACUAGCAUCACAGUUGCCGUCAACCAUGCCAACAUCAAACUCUCACCUGCCGCCGCUGCCGACACUGUCGCAUCUGUCCCCUCAACUCACCACACCCUUGCCGCAGAACCCAUCAUCUUUAAACCACCACGCCGCCGUUUCGCAGGUAUCCGAGACUUCCCACAACUCAUCACCAGAGACCUACCGCCAGCCGAGCUAUUCUUCCUACAACGGAGGCCAUGCAUCUUCAUACUCCGGAAACUCUAAUUUCCAGAGCACUCACGCCCCAGCAUCUUCACUGCGCUCGCCACCGUCUACGUCCGAAAUCUCACGAGCACCCUCGGUUCUGCCGGCAGCGCAAUCACACCUGUUAUCGCCAUCACCAAUGGCGCCGAACUACACAUACUCAAGGGGGCCUGCCCAACCCUCACAGAACCAGUACCACUAUCAACCGCAGAUGAUGACGCCGGCCGCCGGUCAUACGUACGGUGCAUCCUCGAUGAUGGGCCACAUGGUUUACCACCCUGGGUUCCCGCCGCAGCAUGCAAUCUAUCCACACCCGCCUUCUGACAAGUCAAACUCUGCGCGGCCUUUCAAGUGCAGCACAUGCUCGGUGGCGUUCAACCGGAACCAUGACCUCAAGCGGCACACGCGCAUCCACUUAUCGGUCAAGCCUUUUCCUUGCAAGUCGUGCGACAAGGCUUUCUCCAGGAAAGACGCGCUCAAGCGGCAUCGACUUGUGAAAGGCUGCGAGGCAGAGCCCGAGAGCAAGAGUAAUACCGAGGAAAAGUCACCAUCCCAAUCCAAGCGUGACUCGGAGUCGAGGAGCGUUAGUACUGAGCUAUCGCCGCACACGAUAGCCCCGCCGGUAUACAGCUUGAAAGGCGACUACCCGUACAUGAAGCAGGACGCCUACAUCAAGCAUGAGUCUUUUAUCAAGACCGAGUGAGUUUUAAGUUUUGAGAAGUUUUUCAUUCAUAGUUUUGGCUGCAUGCACUCAUGGUGGGCGUUUUGGUUGCCUUAAAAAGCAUGGGCAUUGGUGAUCAGGGAAAGAAAGGCAAGUGUCUUGCUAGGGAUUUCAUACCGGGUUUUGGGUUUCUUUCAUGUGGUCUUUGAUCUGUUUUAUUUUCUGACCCAUUUCUCAUUCUUAUAUUCUUCUCAUCUAUUUCGCAUUUACACUCUUGGAUCUGUUGACGCAGUACGAGCUGCUACAGGAUCGGUCGUCGGGACCGCGGCCUUUUUGCCUUGUUUUGACCCCAACGUUGCUCGGCAGCUCUGCUGCUUCACGUUCUCUCGAGAUACCCUACAAUCAGUUUAUUGUUUACCAUUCAGUUUUUUUUUUGUACUUGCUGGAUUAUCCUGUCAUGCUAGAUCACGUUUUUGAUCACAUUUACAUGCCAUCUAUCGACGUUCAUAUGUCACAGGCUAUCCCUUGACAUUUAGCUAAUAUGUCAUUAUUAUUUGCCACCUGGGGCCAUGAGGAUCAAAAUAAGCUGCAGAAUAUCCACCUAGUAUUCCAAAGCGCUGG